AUUUAGAGAACGAGAGAGGUGACUGAGAAAGGAGACCAGGCUGUGAGUCACAGGCUAGUCCAGUUCUUAGUCUCGCGCACGCGCGUUACUGAUUUGAACGCCUGGGCAAGUGGGACGGGGAGGGGCGCAUGUACCCCCGGCGGUAGAACGCAAAAGAGCCGGCGUCCGAUAACAGAGUGGGACACCGGGCCGACCAGGUGAGAAGAUCGGUGACUUCGGAGGGGUGUGCCGACCAGCCUUCUUCACAGAAGAAGGAGGAAACCUCGGAAGCCUUUUCCUCGGGAUUCUUGUUGCCGGCAGCACACGGACACACGGGCAAAAUGAGUGAGAAUAGCAUCUGCCAGGCUCGUGCCACAGUUAUGAUCUACGAUGACGCCAGCAAGAAGUGGAUUCCGGCAGGCACCGGAGCCCAAGCUCUCAGCCGCGUGCAUGUCUAUCACAACACAGCUAACAACACCUUCAGAGUGGUGGGCCGCAAGAUGCAACCUGACCAACAGGUGGUCAUCAACUGCCCCAUCAUCAAGGGUCUCAAGUACAAUCAAGCCACACCAAAUUUUCAUCAGUGGAGAGAUGCUCGACAGGUAUGGGGUAUUAACUUCUCGAGCAAAGAGGAGGCCGCCACCUUUGCUGGUGGAAUGUCACAAGCUCUGGAGAUCCUCGCUUCUGCUGGAGAUCCAGGGAUGCCUGGUACCCCCCGCCUUAUGCAGAAUGGGCCAACCCCAGAAGAACUGGAGCAACAAAGAAGGCAACAGCAGCUGGAGCAGCAGCGUCUGGAACAGCAGCGUCUGGAGCAACAGCGCCAGGAACAGCUGGAACGAGAACAGCAGGAAAGGGAGAGGGAGAGGCGGGCCUCCAAUGCAGGCCCUCCACAAGCACCUCCUGCACCUGGGGGUCCACCGCCUCCUCCAGGUCCACCUCCACCCCCCGGACCACCCCCUCCUUCUGCUGGACCCCCACCACCCCCUGGGCCACCUCCUCCAUCUGGUGGACCUCCUCCACCACCUGCGCCCCCACUUCCUUCAGGACCUAUUUCUGGCGCAGAGUCGGGUGGAGGUGCUGGAGGAGGGCUUGCUGCUGCCCUGGCUGGAGCGAAACUACGCAAGGUUCAAAAGCCUGAUGAGGGUGGGGCAGCUCCUGGAGGGGGCAGCUCCAGCCCCGUUUCUGCCCCAAAAGCUGAUCGCACGAGCACCCCCAUACCCUCAGGAGGUAGCAGUGGAGGAGGCGGAGGAUUGAUGAACGAGAUGAGCGCUAUCCUUGCUAGGAGGAGGAAAGCAGCCGAUAAGGGGGACAGGCCGCCUCCAGCCCCGAAGAAGGAGGACGAUUCUGCUAACGAUGAUUCGGAAUCUUUAAAUACCAAAGCUGCCCAAAAUGAACCUGUUCGCAGACCCUGGGAGAAAGCUUCCACAAUGCCAAGGAACUCGAUAUCGAAAAACCAGGACCUGUUGAGCUCUCCACAGUCUUCCUCCCCACUGCCAAGAGUGAAGUCGGUGGUCAGCAGCAACGACACUGGAGCUGGCGCAGAUGACACGGACAUGGAGCGUCUCAAGCAGGAUAUUCUGGAGGAAGUGCGGAAGGAGCUGCAGAAGGUCAAGGAGGAGAUCAUUGAAGCUUUUGUCCAGGAGCUGAGAAAAAGAGGCUCAACAUAAAGAGGCUCUCAAGCUCGACAAGGACGCCAAAUAUGAGGACCUGCAGCGGCUCCACCAAGACGCAUCUCGGCGCAGGUUCCCAAAGUGAACGAUUGACAUUUGCCAAGGGUGCGGGCUUUGUCCUGGCAAACUGCUAAUAACCAAGAAAAACAAAAAAAAAAAAAAAAGACAAAAAAAAAAAAAUGUACAUUGCUUUAAAAAGCAGAGUUUAGAAGCGCUGUAUGGUCUGAAUUUUGCCAUUCCAGAUUCCUCUCUUCAGGGACCAGUGUGUGUGUGUGUGUGUGUGUCCAUUCAAACCGUUUCAUAAAGGGUGGUGCUGAUUGGUCAGAAUUUAAAUGAAAUUUACAAAAAGAAAAACAAAAAACAGCAGAGUAACCAGCAUGGAGGUUUUCAAGUCUAUUGUGGUUCUACCUGGGCGGCUGAUCGGGUCAGCUGGCCAUUUAACUGGUUUCUGUUUUAAUAGAUAAAUCACACGAUGACCACUAGUGGGCACCAACUUUAUCUGCCACCUUCUGUCUAAUUGUUGAAUCUAUGCACAAACUGGGCAGUUAAGCAGCUUGCAGCAGGGCGACCCCCUUAACUCCCUUGGGGUGUUUUGCCUCUUCUGAUUUUGGUCGACCAACAUUCUCUCAGGUCCAUCUGCUGGUAGGACCACCGGUGUCAUGGCACUCGAACAUCAUUUGAGAAGGCUUUGUCUGGGCGUUAAAAAUUGGUUCUCCUCAUAAGUGCGUUUUAGUACAGUGACCACUAGUGGGCAGUGUACUCAUUUUAAUUCUCAGAAGUUAGAUCCCGAUGGCAUAAACAGAGGCCUAAGGCCACACACUGAUUGAAUGUUCAUCUCGUGGCUUUAACUGGGCAGCUCAAAAUAGAAACCGCAUGUAAAUACAGCUGCAGUUUGUCAUGAUGACCACUAGUAGGCUUUGUAAAGUCCAAAUGUAUAAAUAAACAGUGGGCAGUGGGCAGUUUUCUCUCUGCACUCCAUUUUGAGACACCAAACAACAUAAAUUGGCCAGUUAAGAUGGUAGCUGCACGGUGAACCACUGCACAUGUUUGCACAUCUGGCCACUAGUGGGCACUCUUUUUAUCCUCUUGUUUUAUUUAACUGGAAAUGUAAUUCAAAUCACCCAAGUGGAUAUUUAAAAAAAAAAAAAAAAAAGUAAUUGUAAUAAGAGGCUCGUGUAGGUGAGCAGUUGCCAUUUUCUGGGUUAUCGUUACUUUAAUUGGGUGCCGUUUUUUUAGAAGGCUUAAUGGUAAAAACUGGUCAUGUGACCAGCGGCCAACUGAUUUUACAAAUUUGUCUUUUUUUAGUGUAUUUUGGAUUGAAGACCACUAAUGGAUACUAUAUGCUUGUCCUCGCUUUUUUUACAGCCAGGAAUUAACUCCAAAUUAUUUUAAUGGUUAAAACAAUGUAAGAAGCGAGUGCUAAAACAUUUCAUGCAGCCCUAAAAGUUUCUGGAAUCUUGGUGGGAUUAACUGGGUGCCUUUUUCCAAAGGGUCAUCAACUGGCCAUUUAACUUGUGGUCAGUCGAAUUACAAAUUGUUUCUUUGUUUUAGUUGUCUAUUUUGGUAUGACCGCCACUAGAGGGUGCUAUUUCUUUUCCUUUUUAUUCUCUCUCUUUCUAGACAUUGAGUGCAUUAGUGUAUUAGGUUGUGACUGGUGACCAAAAUGUUCUCAGAAACCUUCUUCGAAGUCUUAAGUGGGCGCCAUGUUUCCCAUUAACGGCUUACAUAGUUGUAUUGUAAAGUGCAUUUUGCCCAGGUGCCCACUAAUUGGGUGCCUUGUUUCUAAUUAUAUAUACUGGCCAUUAACAGUUUGUAAAGUUUUAUUGUAAAGUCCAUUUUGCCCUGCUUACCACUGGCGGCUGCUAUUAUCGCUGACCUUGAUGUGUUUGCUACUGCUGACCACAGUAAGCCCCAGGAAUCGUCCACUUUUCUGGAUCAUAGACAUUUUAACUAUAAAUUGGCUGUUCUUCCUCUGACCAGUUGGCUUACAAAUUGUUUUCUUGCUAUGCCGACCACUAGGGGGUGCCGUUUCCUCUUCCACUUUUAUAUUUUUUCCCUCCCACUGUAUAGAUUGAGGUCUAAAUCAUUAUUAGAUUGUAACUAAUAGGUAUAGUAUGUUCUGCUGGAAUCAUAAGACAUUUUAACUGCCAUUAAUCCUCUAACCAGCUCGGCUUACAGAUUUCUUUUGUCAAGUGCAUUUAGGCCUGGUCACCUCUAUUAUCUUUGACCUUUUCUUCCUGUAAAUGAAAUCCAAAUCAUUAUGAGGUUCCUACUAAUGACCAGUUUAAGCCCCAGGAUCAUAGAUGUUUGAACUAUGAACUGGCCAUUAGUCCUCUGACCAGUUUAGUUACAAAUCAUUUCCAUAUUAAUAGCUUAUUUAUGUGUGCUGACCACUAGAGGGUGCCGUUUCCUUUUCCAUUUUUAAAUUGUUUUCCCCGUAACUCUUUAGAAAUGGACUCCGCGUCAUUUAUUCCGUUGUAACCGAUAACCAGUUCUCUCAAACCCUAGGAGUUGCCCAUUUUAAAGGAUCACAGACGUGCUCACUAAGACUCGUCGUUGAUCCUCUCGGGUUACAAAUUGUGUCCAUUUAAAGAAUUGGUUUGGUUUUCUAGCCAUUAGAGGGCGCUGUUUCCUUUUUUUCCUUCCCCCUCACUCUCUAGAAAUGGAGUCCCCUUCAUUAUUAUUUGAUUGGGAUUAAUGACCAGAUUGAACCUUGAACAUCCUCUGCCGUUUGAAGUGGGCAUCUUGUUUGUAAUUUUAUAAACUGGCCAUUAAAGGUUUACAGAUUUCUUUUGUCAAGUGCAUUUAGGCCUGGUCACCUCUAUUAUCUUUGACCUUUUCUUCCUGUAAAUGAAAUCCAAAUCAUUAUGAGGUUCCUAUUAGUGACCAGUUUAAGCCCCAGGAUCAUAGAUGUUUGAACUAUGAACUGGCCAUUAGUCCUCUGACCAGUUGGAUUACAAAUCAUUUCCAUCUUAAUAGCUUAUCUAUGUGUGCUGACCACUAGAGGGUGCCGUUUCCUUCUCCAUUUUUAGGAUUAGCUUUCCCAGAACUGUUGGCAUGUUCACUUGGACAAAUUGUAUAACUCGUCAUUAAUCCUUUCGCCAGUUAGGUUACAGAUUGUUUCUAUUUUAAUAGUUUAUCUAUGUGUGCUGACCACUAGAGGGUGCCGUCUCCAUUUUUAAAUUGUUUUCCCUGUAACUCUCUAGAAGUGGAGUCCACGUCAUUUAUUAUUUAUGGUCAUAACCGAUGACCAGUUCAAACCCUAGGAGUUGCUCAUUUUCCAGGAUCACAGACGUGCUCACUAAGACUCGUCGUUGAUCCUCUCGGGUUACAAAUUGCAUCCAUUUAAACAGUUGGGUUAGGUUUUUUAGCCAUUAGUGGGCGCUGUUUCCUUUUUUUCCCCCCUCGCUCUCUAGAAAUGGAGUCCCCAUCAUUAUUAUUAGAUUGGGAUUAAUGACCAGAUGGGACCUUGAAAGUCUUCCGCUGUUUGAAGUGGGCACCUUGUUUGUAAUUUUACAUAUUUCUGUUGUCAAGUGCAUUUUGCCCAGGUGACCAGCAGGUGGCACCACACCAUUCCCUUUGUGUUUCUUUUUCUUGAAGACUAAAUCAAAAUGACGUCACGGUGGCCAGUUGGCCGACGGGAGGUGACGGCCUGCGGAGGUUUGGGUUUUUGUGAAGCUUCUGUCCAAGUGUGUGCUGCUCACUGGCCAGUGCGGAUUCUCCCAAAUCCAAUUCAGUGUCCUGAGAGGGUCGGAUGAGUGAGGGGAAGGCAUUGAGUGGGCUCCCUGGUAUCCCACCCUCCACGCUUGCACUGUCCUCACUAUGUCCUAUGAAUUGGGCCUUGCUUAUGUUUAUGGUGACAGAUGGUAUUCGGCCUCGGCUCACAUUACUGCCAGUUGGCAUACAAUUGCGGGAAUUCAAUAAAUGAACUUGAAGCUGGCAGCCACCAUGAUGUCGAAGUUGAGGGAGGCCACUUUCAUUUAACCAGAAGUGGAAUAAUGGCGGUCCAAAGUGGGAGUGGCCAACAGCUCCGCCUACCCGUUACUUUUCAAACUUUAUUAGCAACGAAAGAUUUACACAGACCACCAAGUGCAUCAUGGAAAGAGAGUGUGUGUGGGGGGGGUCUUGUAUGUUUAUUUAUUUAUUUUUUAAAAUCUUGUUUCUUUAGAAUUACAAUACCUUCUCACUCAAUGUCUUGAUCCCCCACAUCUGACCCAUGAGCUCAGCCUGCCCCCUGUAGUGUUGCCUCUGGUCCUGCCAGUCAUUCUGACAGAUUUGUGAAACGAGGAAUUAAUUCGGCUUCUGGAACAUUCACAGUUUUUUUUUUUGGGGGUAUGGAGGGUGGGCAGCUCACUUCUUUGCCUUAUUUCCACAUAGCCAUGGAGUGUCGAGAUUUUACAGUCUCGUUUUGAGCGGGUAUAAAUGCCAGGGCUGCCAUUUAUGCAAAAAAAAAUACAAAACAAAAAGGACCUACCCACCCAUCCAGGGGGCAAACGCAAGUCCAGAACCGCAGUGCUUCUCAACUCUGCACUUUUAUUUUUUUGUUUGCAAAC